GACUCUAGUCUAUUCACUUUACAAAAACAUCUAACCCACCUGCGAGCCUGGGCGAAUUUUCAAAGACUUAUACAAGCGACCCUCUCAGCUCUCUCUUCAAUCGCUAUUCUACAGACAUUGUCCUUCCUGCCGCAUCGCCCCUCAAGAUAUCUGCAACCACUCGAAUGGCCUCUCCUCAAGCUGCCAGUCCAGCGUUAGCCUCUUCCCAAGCUGCCAGUCCAGCGGCCACCGCCAGCCCUAAAGUAUCAACGCCCACCAAAUCCACCGCUCCCGCCCCAGUAGUUCCUCCUAUCAGUAAUCCUCCAGUGACCUCCGCACCUGCUCCCAGUAGCCCUCAAGCUACCACUGUACCAAUCCCUAUCAGUCCGCCAAAUACGGAUUCGUCCAUCCAACAUGCAUCGGUAUCUCAGGCAGCAAAAAGUGUCCCCACCAGCGUCGCGUCACCCAACUCCGUCCAGCCCGCCCCUUCAAUCUCUACCAGCCGUCCAAAGUCAAUAACAGGGACGCCUGCAAAUGCCCCAGUUGCAGACGCAAACGUCGAUACCCCCUCCUCGCCCGAUACACUGUCUGAUGCGCCAUCUGGCUCUAAAAGUGUGGUCGGGCCGGUGAUUGGCUCGAUCUUUGCAGUCCUACUGGUUAUCAUUGCUGUUGUCGGCGGCGUGUGGUAUCUGCAGCGGCGACGGGAGAAGGCUCGGGUGCGUCACGAAGCUAAGCGGAUGCGCAGCUCGAACUUUGGACUCUACGAAACUACUGGGGAUGUGGUCCAAGAAAAGCAGGCGAGUAUCGAGGCUACCUUGGAGGCUGACCUUGCACGCUUGCGCAGCCUGGAUGCCAACAUCCCCAUCAUCGUUGAUGACUAUGAUUCCAAAUACCCAGAGCGUUCCUCGAUCUCCCAACAACCUCAACCUGUCCCGUCCUUGCAGAUAGCCCGGAAGCCGAGCUACCUCGCCAAAAACUCUUACAAGGUCGCUUCAUCAAACAUCGCUGGAUCUAGAUAUGCUGCGGAUUCCAGUCCGAGUGCGCCGGCUUAUGUUGAGUCGACCGAGAGCAAGGACUAUGGAGGAGGAGGAGCAGGAGGAGCAGGAGGAGGUGGUGGUGUAUGCCACUCGACAACCGGGGCAUUUCCGUCAUUUGAUACGCCCGCAAGCUCCCUAGCCGAAAAGCGAUGAUGGGCAGAAGUCGGACUCGAUCGAGGACUUCCAACGAUGGUGUUACAAGCAGGGCCACAUCGAGCCCUCCUCCUUCGACCACCACUCGUGGCCCCAAUCCCCCUCGCUCGACUCCUCUAACCGCGAAAUCUCGCCCCUCUCCAUGGCCGUCCAGAGCUCCUUCUCGAUGCCCCAUUUACCUUAUAGCCUCCCUCCUCCUCCUAUCACUCAGCUUCCUAUCAUUCAACCCCCCACUAACCCCCUCGAAUUCACUAUCCAUAAUCUUAACAUCGACUUCAAUCGGAAACCUAUCACCUUGUCCGUAGAUCCUCCCUCACAUUUGAGCUACCUUCAACAACCUGGUAAACUUGUUUAAAUCUUACGCUAGUCAUCAGUACCAUUUCUUUUAUUUUUUUUUUCUAUACCAUUGUCCUAUCACUGUUUUCAUAAUUAUUAUCAUUAUUAUCAUUAUUAUUUGUUGUUCCCGUAUCCAUGGAUGAUUCCCAAACCAAUUUAAUGAACAUGACUCCUUCACGAUGUCUUUUUCUUUUUCUUUCAUUUCAUUUGAUCUUUUCUAUUUAUUUCAUUUUUCUUUUUGUCUUCACACAACCCCCUGUUUCCUCUGUUCAUUAUAUCUCGUUUUGGCUCUGGUUGUCCAAUCUCUCCAAGAAGAUCACAUUUUUUUCCUAUUUUUGGUAUGAUUCAUUAUAUAUAUAUACCCUAUGAAGCUGUCCAUGCAUUGAUCAAUUUGGCCAAAUGAAUCUGGAAGUAUUGUUGAGUGUUU